AUGCUGCAAACACAAAAGGUUUUUUUCCACAAACAUGUUUGGAAAGCUUUCUCAUGCACUAAACAGAAGUCCGUCUCAUAACAAGCACACCCAUGCCGAAAGCAACCCCCAUGGCGAGGGAAUCACGGGGGUCUACUUCUCCAACUGGUCCAUUUAUGAAAGAAACCACUUCCCAACCGAUAUAGACUGGCAGUGGGUAAACCACCUUUACUAUGCAUUUCUUCUGAUAGACACCAAUACGGGGAGCGUCUCGUUCCUGGAUACGUGGGCGGAUGUGGAAGUCCCGCUCCCAUCACCACUUGACCCAUCAAAGAAGGUACAUGGCCUUGUGGCCCAGUUGAGGCAGAUCAAGCAGUUGCACCCACAGUUGAAGAUAAUGUUUUCCAUUGGCGGAUGGGGAUACGACCACACAUUUGAAGCUAUUACGCAUGAUGCUCGGAAGCUCGACACUUUUGCAUCACAAUGUGCUAAGUUGGUAAUCGAACAUGGGUUUGACGGAGUUGAUAUUGACUGGGAAUACCCUAAAACUGCUGCACAAGGCCAAUUGUACUGUCGUCUUUUGGAGACGUUGCGAGAGAAGUUCUGUGAAAUCUCCCCCAGCUUGUUGAUAACGGCCGCGGUGCCGGGGCUGGAGGAGUACAUACGGCACCUUGAUGUCAAGCGUAUGGAUAACCUGCUUGACUACUGGAAUGUGAUGUGCUAUGACUUUACAGGAUAUUCUUGGUCCCAAAAAACCGGGUUUCACUCCAAUCUUUUUGGGGCUAAUGGAGACACCGAUUUGUGUGCUGACGUCGCGUUGAAGUCGUACGGAUCUCGAGGAGUGGCUGCCAAUAAGCUUAUGCUUGGGAUGCCUUUAUAUGGUCGAAAGUUUGGAGGAGUAGAAGUUCCUGGAAUCGGACAGUCAUUUGAUAAGCAGAAAUUCUCUGAUGAAGGAAUCAUCGAGUACGCUAAGUUGCCAUUGAACCAUUCGAAAGAGGUAUUUGAUCCCAGAAAAGUUGGAGCGUAUUGUUAUGACCCCACCACCAAAACCCUCGUUACUUACGAUAAUGUCGAUAGUGCCAAAGUGAAGGCAGUCCAGGUUUCAAGCAGAGGGCUUGCAGGAGGGUUUUAUUGGGACUCAGCCGGUGAUAAGCAUGGUGAGUUGAUUCGGACAUUUCUGGAGAUGUUACGACACCUGAAUAGCACUUCUACUCAUUGAUGUGAAUUGAACUAAAUGUACAUAUUAUAAAAUGGAAUCCAUUUUUGCAAACACACUCAAAACGGCAGCAAUCAAUUCUAAUUGUAACUCACUUGAAGCAUCCUUUUCUAUUUCUGUAGUGACUUCUUGACCCAAGUUUAAACCAAUUCCAAGAGGACUGGCAUGAGAGGUGUUGAAUGGAAAGUCAGAGAAAUCGUUCAACAACUCAUCGGCUCUGGCAAAUGCCUGGUCUCUUUUGCUAUAGUUCAACGACAACAAAACGUUUUCCAAAACGUUAGCAGCAUAAGAACCACUAACCAAGGCGAUAGAUCUUAACAACUUAAAAGAAGUAUCAGUUGGGAACUGAUCGUUGCAAAUCUGGUCAAUAUCGAUGUUUCUUGAGCCUAGAAGGCACAAGAUUCUGGUCUUGAUAAACUCUUUAGACAAUUUAUCAGCAACCGGAUGAGUGGCCAUAUCGAAGAGGAAAAAAUUCUUACGUUCGGUUCGUAAGAUUCCUUUGUCAACCAACCCUUUGGCCAAUCUUUCUCUGACCUGCUUCAAUUGAUAGUUGAUUUUCAUCAAGUUCCAAGUUUCACCUGAUAAUAAGUCUAUCCAGUUGGUGACAGAUAAAUGAGAGUCAUCAUUCUUCAUGAUUUGUAAUGCCUCAUCGAGCAAAACCUCGCCGGUAGGUUCUGUGUCAAUCACUUCAACCAAUCGGUCGGCCAACUCGAAUCGACGUCUGGCAGGAUCAUUGACCAAGGUGAUUUUCUUUCUAAAUGCCAACUCCAACAAAAUGCAUCCUCUUAAAGCAUAACUGAUGUUAUCGUUCCAGAAAGAAAGAUACCCUUCUUUGUCCUUUAGUCCAAUCAAAAGAACUUCCUCCAUCAAUGUGAGUAAUGGAACUUUUAAUUGUCUACGGUCUUGGAUAUCCCGAUCAUCGAUUCCAAUUUUAUGAUCAUUUUGUAUGGCUUCAGCUUCUUCGUUGUCGAAAGAGUUGGACGACCGGGGCUUGCUGGCGGGAGCGGAUGUGGUGCUGGCGACGUUGGAUUUACCUCCACGACGUCUUUGUAAACCUUCAGACGACAUGAUUUAUGGAUGAGGUGUUGGAAACUUUUGUGGUGGAUAUGAAUAGCGGAUGGGUGCAGAAAUACAAGUCGAUGGACGCGUAUAUGGCUAUUGGGAAAGCGGGGUGGUUGCACAAAUCCAACGGUUAUUCAAUUAUUCGCCACGAUUACUGUGUUUAAAUGCACUAACAAAAGAGGAACUGUUGCCAAACAAGUUACC